GGCCCGGCUCAGGCGGGGACACGGCUCCUUCCCCUGCCCAGACACCGUCCCGGGGGUCUGGGGACCCCAGCACAGGGCUGUGGGUCCAGGCGGCAUCCCCGGUACCUGCACUCGCUCCCAUCACUGCAGCACAGGAGCCGCUUCCCCGGCCGAGAUCAGCCCCCAGUGUGGCUGCUGAGGGCACACGGAGCCGCCGGGAUGCAGAGCAUCAAGUGCGUGGUGGUAGGCGACGGGGCGGUGGGCAAGACCUGCCUGCUCAUCUGCUACACCACCAACGCCUUCCCGAAGGAGUACAUCCCCACCGUGUUCGACAACUACAGCGCGCAGAACACGGUGGACGGCAGGACUAUUAACUUAAACCUGUGGGACACGGCCGGCCAGGAGGAGUACGACCGCCUGCGGACGCUUUCCUACCCCCAGACCAACGUCUUCAUCAUCUGCUUCUCCAUCGCCAGCCCGCCCUCCUACGAGAACGUGAAGCACAAGUGGUACCCGGAGGUGUGCCACCACUGCCCCAGCGUGCCCAUCCUCCUCGUCGGCACCAAGAAGGAUCUGAGAAACAACCCCGAGACCAUGAAGCGCUUGAAGGAGCAGAACCAGGCGCCCAUCACCACCCAACAGGGCAUCAGCCUCUCCAAGCAGAUCCGCGCCGUCAAGUACCUCGAGUGCUCGGCGCUCAACCAGGAGGGCAUCAAGGAUGUGUUCACUGAGGCGGUGAGGGCCGUGCUCAACCCCGUCCCGGCCAAGCCCAAGAAGCCCUGUGUCCUCUUGUGACUGCGAGAGACAUUCCUGCCCCUGCCUGGCCCCUGCCCGCCCCGGUGCCCCCUCCGAGCCAUGCUGACCCCCCCCGGGACGGUGGCACCGGGGCCACCAGCCUGAAGCCACCAGCUUUAAUAAUACAGACCUUGUUUGCACUAACUGGCUGCCUGCCCCGGGGGCAGCGGGGACCCCAAACCCCCUCCCGGGACCCCCAACCCCGGCCCUGGCUCUCAGCAUCCGCUUUCGGGUGACACCUCUCUGGUCCUGGCACAGAGAAGGGGAUGCUUGGGGUGGCGGAAUGCCCCCCUCCUGCCCUGAGCACCUCAUAGGGACCUGCCACCGCAAGUGCCCCAUGGGGACCUGCCACCCCAUCCCCUGCACCAGGGGAUGCCAGUCCCGUGUUUGGCUAUUGCAGGGUCCCGGUGGCUGUGCCGAGUGUCCCGGGUGUGUGUUUGGGGUGAGCCCAGCCCGGUGCCACAUCCCUGGGGAAUCCCGGCGCUGCCGGGGGAGCGUGUUCCCGCAUGGCCGGGGCCAGGGCUCCGGGACUCGCCUCUAACCAGCGCUCCCUGAGUUGCUUCUCCUUCAAUAAAGCCCUGCCCAGGC